AUGGAAACCGAACGAACCGGAUUCAAUACCCACAAAGAGCCGCACCCAUCUGAGUUGCUCGACGCUGGAACCCUCAACAGCAAUGAGCUAAGCAUCAGACAACUACGUACCGCUAUUCCGAGCUAUUGCUUUGAGCCUUCGCUCUUCUGGUCCUUCUUUUAUCUCAUCCGAGAUAUUUCGUAUUCCGCUAUCCUGCUCAGCACACUUUGGUACUGCCUCACCUUGCCACAGGUCGAGCAGUCCAGUCUCCUCUACUAUACACUUGUCUGCAGCUACGGUGUAUGCCAGGGAAUUGUCUGGACGGGCUUGUGGGUGAUCGCUCACGAUGCUGGCCACAGCGGGUUCUCAAAGAUUCCGCUUCUUAACGAUACCGUCGGGUUCGUUCUACACUCGUUCCUGCUCGCGCCAUAUUUCAGCUGGAAGUCAAGUCACCGCCGCCACCACAUUUAUGCCAAUCACAUUGAGAGAGAUUUGAAUUACGUCCCCCCUCAGCGUAGCGAAUACGCUCGCCAGAUCGGUGCUGCCCUGGACAAGAUUGAUGAGGUAGGAGAGGAUGCGCCAGUCGUUUUAACCCUGCGGAUCAUACUCCAACAGUUGAUUGGAUGGAACUGGUACAUCCUAUCCAACAUCACCACCCCUGACACGGCUGUCGUCAAGAAAGGCCUGUCAGUCUGGCGAUACUCCCACUUCGACCCGUGGGGAGGUAUGUUUCGGGACAGUGAGGUCACAGCUAUCAUUCUUAGUGACAUUGGCUGUCUCUCGACCAUCUCCGGACUCUACGUUCUCUAUCGAUACCUAGGGAGUUUCGAGUUGCUGUUCUGGGUCUACGUUGUGCCAUGGUGUGUAGUCAAUCAUUUCAUCGUCAUGAUCACUUUCUUGCAUCAUACACAUCCGGAUGUUCCGAAGUACACCGCAGACAGCUGGACGUUCCUUCGAGGCGCGACCGCUACCAUCGACCGCGACUUUGGUAUCAUCGGCACCCAUUUUUUCCACCACAUCUCCAGCGACCAUGUAACCCACCACCUCUUCUCUUCUAUUCCGCACUACUACAGUCGCACUGCGAGCAAGGCGAUUAUACCGCUGCUAGGCGCUCACUAUCAUGGCCGAGGGACGUUCACGUACAACGACCUGAAGACAUCGUUCCGGGACUGUCAAUGGGUAGAAGAAGAUGCGGCCAGAGAUAGACAUUUUGGUAUCGGAGAUGGCAAUGGCAGAGAAAAGCGAGCUUUAUGGUACAGGAAAGGGAUCAGUCCCGCUCCUGAAAAUGCAUUCCCCGGUGCUCCAGGGACGUCUGUAUCGACGGCAGGGCACGCUAGUCGUCACUCCCUCCAUGACAGCCUGAGUAGCUAA